CAGUGGGUGACGCUGCGUCUCUUUGUUGGUUCAGCAGCAGGAGCGGCAGCGCUUCUGUUGUUAUUAUUUUUCUCCGCAGUUGAAAUAGAGGAAUGCUGGCGCUCUGAAUCGCUCAGCUCACAGAUCUGCUUGUUGAAUUGUCGCUGUGUGUGUGUAGAUUGUCGGUGAGCAGCUGAAGCUUGGCUUGUCACGACCUGAAGUGAAUCUAGGAAUGGACUCGGACGAGGGUUACAAUUAUGAAUUCGACGACGAGGAAGAGGAGUGCAGCGAGGACAGCGCUGAGGAAGAACACGAGGACGACACCCUGGAGCUCGGGGACGUGGAGCUGGUCGAUCCCGUCGUGGCUGGGGGUGAGCGGGACGAGUGCGGGGAGACCGGCGGCAGCGGCCUCGGCCCCGGACAAGACGAGGAAGACUACCGCUUUGAAGUUCUCACCGCUGAGCAGAUCCUCCAGCAUAUGGUGGAGUGUAUCAGGGAGGUCAACGAGGUCAUCCAGAAUCCUGCAACGAUCACAAGAAUACUGCUUAGUCAUUUCAACUGGGAUAAGGAGAAGCUCAUGGAAAGAUACUUUGAUGGUAACCUGGAUAAGCUCUUUUCCGAGUGUCAUGUCAUAAACCCUAGUAAAAAGUCACGGACACGCCUCAUGAAUACACGAUCAUCAGCGCAGGACAUGCCUUGUCAGAUCUGUUAUCUCAACUACCCUAAUACGUACUUCACUGGCCUGGAAUGUGGCCACAAGUUCUGCAUGCAGUGCUGGGGUGACUACUUAACAACCAAAAUCAUAGAGGAAGGAAUGGGCCAGACCAUUUCCUGUCCUGCACAUAGUUGUGACAUUCUGGUCGAUGACAACACGGUCAUGCGACUGAUAACAGAUUCAAAAGUGAAACUAAAGUACCAACAUUUAAUAACCAAUAGUUUUGUAGAGUGCAAUCGACUGUUAAAAUGGUGUCCUGCACCCGACUGCCACCACGUCGUCAAAGUCCAGUACCCCGAUGCCAAGCCUGUCCGCUGCAAAUGUGGCCGGCAGUUCUGCUUCAACUGUGGUGAGAACUGGCAUGACCCAGUGAAGUGCAAGUGGUUGAGGAAAUGGAUUAAGAAAUGUGAUGAUGACAGCGAGACGUCCAACUGGAUCGCAGCAAACACCAAGGAAUGUCCCAAAUGCCACGUGACCAUAGAGAAGGACGGCGGCUGCAACCACAUGGUGUGUCGGAACCAGAACUGCAAAGCAGAAUUCUGCUGGGUCUGCUUAGGCCCAUGGGAACCCCAUGGAUCAGCCUGGUACAACUGCAAUCGCUACAAUGAGGAUGAUGCCAAGGCAGCACGGGAUGCACAAGAGCGCUCCAGGGCAGCCUUGCAGAGGUACCUGUUCUACUGCAAUCGCUACAUGAACCACAUGCAGAGCUUGCGUUUCGAGCACAAGCUGUACGCGCAGGUCAAGCAGAAGAUGGAGGAGAUGCAGCAGCACAACAUGUCAUGGAUCGAGGUGCAGUUUCUGAAGAAGGCUGUGGAUGUGCUGUGCCAGUGCCGCUCCACGCUCAUGUUCACCUAUGUCUUUGCCUUCUACCUCAAGAAGAACAACCAGUCCAUCAUCUUUGAGAACAACCAGGCUGAUCUGGAGAAUGCCACAGAGGUACUGUCUGGAUACCUGGAGCGAGACAUUUCCCAGGAUUCACUGCAGGACAUCAAACAGAAAGUACAAGACAAAUACAGAUACUGUGAGAGCAGACGGCGAGUUCUCCUGCAGCACGUGCAUGAAGGCUAUGAGAAAGACCUGUGGGAGUACAUUGAGGAUUGAGACAGCGCAGUCUCCUCCCAACACAGACUCUUGGAGAGUGCCUCCGCCAACUAGAGCGCUGAUGCAAUUGAACCAGGGCAGCACAGGUCUCCGCUGCCCCCCUUCCCUGCCCCCGGCACCCCGCCCAACCGUGCUCCCAUUAUCCCUUUAUAUUUUACCCUUUUCUUUUGUGUUGGUUCCUGGGGGGAAACAACAUUAAAUUAUAUUUAAAUGGAAAAAAAAUACAUUAUUCUAAAAUAAAAUCUCACAUCUUACAGCAGUAUUGUUAACUGAGUGAUGUGCAAGAAGACUGAGAUCCAACAAAACCAGACGGAAACCUUCCUCUUCUGGCUUGUGUAACAUCUCUCUCGUUAAAUAUCUCAUUUUCCCCUCAUACAUCACCUUUUGUUUGUUUUUUUUCCCUUUCAUUUCUCUUCCAUGAAUGUUUUUUUCCAGUUUGAUUUUAUUUUAUAUAGGCCUAUUUUGUGUGUGUGUGUGUGCGCGUGUGUGUUUGUGAGCUGUGGAUUUGUUUUCAAAAUGGCUUUAAUUGUCCUGACCAUGUCCUUUUUGUGCGUGGUGAGAUCCAUGUAUGGGUUGCUGAAUGUUGAUGGGUUGAUUGUAUUUGGGGUGGGAAGAUUUUUUUUUUCUUUGUUUGAUUUAAAGGAAAAAAAAGUUAGUGGGGGGAAAAAAAACACAAAAACAAAAAAGAAGCAAAUCGGUAUUUUUCAAUUUGUACAUAAUGCAUAUGCAUGGAAGUUAAAGAGCAAGAGUGGCACGUGUUUGCAUAAUUUUUAAAUUUAGAAGAUAUUUAUUCUUUACAGAUAUUCAGAAAAAAACAUGUAUAUUUGCUGUGUAGAUUGAGUAUCUCUCCCUGCCUUUGUUUGUCCCUCUUCUGAAGAGGUUCGGACGUAGGAUGCUUGACCCAAAGCAGGAGUCCAGAUCUCUUCCUAUUUUGCUCCACUGACCCACAACCCCGACCCUGACUUCUCCUCCUUCUCCGCACCCUUCUCCCCUCCCAGCUCCCCCUUGGGCCGGAGCAGCGCUGUAGGAGACUGAAGACUGAACUCUGCCAAAUGAAACGCAGUAUGCCAAGGAGGAGCAUUUAGCUUACUGCAAGUCUAAAUUGCUCAAAAGCUACUAAGAGCUCGCUGGCACGAAGAGCGGAAGAAUUAGAAUUGCGCAAAUGAGGCCAUUCUCAAGUCUUCCUUGAGAAGACAUGAACCCUGCAGGAGUACAUGCCACACUGACGAAGAAUGGUGACGAUCUUUUCUAGCACUCCACCGUCCCCUUUCUGGUGUGUGUCUUCCCUCUCCCCUGCUCCCACUUGGGUAGAUUUUGAACUGUGAUCUGAUUUUAAGAGUGAUACCAAUAACCUCUGAGAGCCAAACUGAGUGACAUUCACUCACAUAUAUAUCUAUAUAUACAUAUAUAAAUAUAACCUUUUAUAUUUUCUGCUUCUCUUCGUCUGUAAAGGGUUCUCGUUCUUCCCAGGCUUUCUUUGCUGUGUGUGUGUGUGUGUGUGUUUGUGUGUGUGUGUGUGUGUGGGGGGGGGGGGGGGGGGGUUUGCAGGUUUGCGGGUGCUGGCACGUAUGAAUGGCGCUGAUAAUGAGCUUGGAUUGAGUUAUUGUCAAUGAUGAUUAUGAGGAUGGUGAUUGAUGUAGUUGGUUCUUAUAUUUUUCACGUCUUUUUUUUCUUUUUCUUAUUCCUAUGGAGCCCCUGAGGGGACAUGGUGCAUUUUCUUUUCUUUUUUUUUCAGGUAAUAUGGACGCAUGUUUUUUAGAUAAAAAAAACGGUGGGCACUUGAUAUUUACAUAAAGUAAUCAGUAUUUGCCGGGCAGCAUAGUAUCAAGUGAGAAAAAAUAAUCUCUGGUGCUCACUGCGUAGUAUCCAGUGUGUAUAUGAUAGUAUCCAGUACCCACCACAUAGUAUCUGGUGUGCACUUGAUAGAAUCCGAUGCUCAUAGCAGAGCUUCUUGUGCUUUUGUAUAAUAUCUGGUGCACACUUAAUCGUAUCCGAUGCUCAACACACUAUCUGGUCAGUACCUGGUAGUAUCCAAACCCACCACAUAGUAUGCGGUGCACACUCGAUUGUAUCCAGUAUGCAUUUGAUAGUAUCCAGUGCUCACCACAUAGAAUCCGGUACUCACUGGAUAGUUAUUUGUGCUCUCUGCACAGUAUCUGAUGCACACUUGAUGGUAUCUGCUGCUCACUACAGAAUCUGGUGUGCACUUAAUAGUAUCUAAUGCCCACCACAUCAUAUCCAGUGUGCACCAUGAUAGUAUCUGGUGGUCACCUGAUAGUACAUCAUAAAAACAUUUACCUGAAAAAAAAAGGCCAUGCCCCAUCAGGGCCUCCGUAUUACCCUCACAUCCAUAUCAAACACUGCAAUACCUGCUAGUCUGUCUUUUUUUUUGGGCUGUUCUGCUGUAAAAUUUCACGUCUCUCCUAACUCUGACCCUCUGAGCACGGAAAAGGCUCUCUCUGUAGUUGAGCUGAUCAGGGCUUAGGUUUUGAUCAGUGCUCUGCAUUGGAGAGGCUUUCCAGACAAGGCCUGCCUGGUGCCCUCUGGAUUGGGUUUUAAUCAGGAUGCGGGCUUUACAGGAAGUUUGAUGGAUAAGAUUCCCUGCUGUCACCUUGGACAGUGGAUGAGCGUGCAUGCUGUGUUUGGACCUGCGAGAGCUUUGUUUGUUUAAUCCGUGACAACGAUGGGAAAGACGUGCCAGUUUGUCCGUGAGUGUAGAGUGUGUGUCUAGGAUUGUGUGUGUGUUUGUUUGUGAAUAUGGGCUAUGGGAGUGGUCAAGAUUGUUCAAAGGGAGAAGAGGAGGUUAUCCAGGGACUCUACAAUUGGAGGGAGUUUAUGCUUGCUUCUGGUUGUGGGAUCAGAGGAACUUUGAUUCUGAUUCUCAUAUAGGAGGGGGAAGUAGAUCCUAGCCAUAUAUUCUAUAAAUGAAAUGGCUAAAUUACCCUUAUCUGUUUUGUUUGGGUUGUUUUAUUAUUUUUUUCUGCCCCAACAUGCCUUCAUGAAGGGCUGAUAGACAGUUUGAUGAGCUGGAUUAGAUGUAUUGGGACGGGGAGAACUUGUUGGAUAGCGUUGCACACUAAAGGGUACGCAGGAGUAAGACCCUGUCCUACAGCUGUCAGGGAUUAGGUCUAGUCUUGGACUACAUAGCACUGUGAUUUAAAGACUUUAAAUUAGUUUACCGAUCCAAAAUUUUUAGUUUUAUCGGAUAGGGGUUGGGCCUAGUUGUAGAGUAGAUCUUCCAAGGAAUUUUCCAUUAGUUUUGAAUAGAGAGUCAAAAUGUGUAGUAUCCUGUGCUCACCAGAUACCAUGCGGUGAGCACUAGAUGCUAUCAGGAUAGCACUUGAUUCCAGCAAGGGAAAGAAUGACUUUCUACUGGCCCGCAUAGUAUCUGGUUCACACCACAAAAUAUCUGGUGGCACUUGAUUAGUAUCUGGUGCACACCACAUAAUAGCUGGGGCUCACCACGUGGUAGCUAGAGCACUUCAUGUAGUAUCUGGUGCUCACCAUUAAAAAUGAAAAUAUAGUCUACAUCUAUUCCUAAUCCCUAAUAGGUGUAAACUUUUUUUUUUUUUUUUUUAAUGGGAAGCCUCCAUUCAAAAGUCUGCAUAGUCCAAGAUUAGUCCUAAUCCCUGACUUGGAAACCUAAUCUACAGCAACAUAUGAGGACUGAAAAAAUCCUGACCCAUCCAGCCUAUUGAGAAUGAAUACACAGGGAUCCAUUUCUAACCCGUCUACUACUAAACUAAAACCAACACUGCUUCACUUCAGAGAGACAAACAGGCAUGGUGGACAGCAGUGUCUGAUGCUUUUUUUUUUCUAUGUAAUUUUUCUGGUUUGGAUGUGUAAUUUGGGUGAAGUGUUCACUUCACAGCGUCUCUCCCAGGCUGAGCAGAACUUGCUCUGUGUGGGUUUGAGAAGUACGAGUGCAAUUGGUCUGUAGGCUGUCUCCGUCAUGCAGAUCACUGUGGCUGUUCCUGUGUUUCUCAGACCAGUCCGCUUCUCGAGGCUCCCUGCUUAUUGUUGGUCCAUGUUCUUGGUAGUUGAAUUAUCCGUUUCAGAGUAACAAAAACAAACAAAAAAAAAACAAGCAGCUACUGUCGUUUGAUUGAGACAUCCAAAAAAGAAAUUUUAAUACUUUUCUACAUAUAUCUUUUCUUUAUGCUAUUAAAAUGUUUGAUUUCUUAUAUACAUAGUGUAAAACGUGGAAGAAAUUAGUUGUCUGUUUUGGAGAAAAAUAUUAAAGUGCAAAAUGUUGCAAAUGUUUACUUUU